AUGUUUCGACGUUCAUGGGAAGCACUCCCAAAAGAUCCGCAUUUUGAGCCGGAUCUCAAGAAACUUGGCUACUUCAUCAACGAGGAUGACGAGUUGCGCAACAUCGAGAACCCCAAGUACUACUUCAAAUAUUUCAUCAACAAGAAUGAACGCUACAACGAGCGGCAGCGCUUUGCUCUCCACGAGGCGCUUGCCCAAGAAAUCCACGACCGGUUCAUCAAAGCCGGCCUGAUCCAGCACCGACUGCCCCUGGAUGCUGGCCCGACAGAACCCCACGUCCCGAUCUUUGCCUCCGCCAAUCUGGCCACCUGCUCACGCGCCAUCAUCAUCGUCGGCGAGUCCCACCAGGACCUGGGCGUCUUUGCCUACCGCACCGUAUGCGGGCCCGGCGGCAUCACUGCCGGAACAGCCCUCUCGUACGCCACCAGGCUCCCUGCCGAUGCAGCUCUAGUCGUCGCCAAUCCGGGCCAGCUGUUCUGGUAUGCCGAGGGGAGGCGUGCGCUCAAUGCGCAGAGCCAGUUGGGAGUGCCCAUGCCGAGCGCCGUGCAUAUCGGUCUCGUCACGCGAGAGGAGCACCGGGUGCCGCAGAACAGAAACGUCGAUGAGCACGUUCGCUACAUGUUUGAUGUCGUGCUUCCGAAGCUAAUGGGUGGGAACGAAAAUACCCAGCUGCAUGUCAUUGGCGUUGGUGAUGGUGCCGAUGCUGUUGAGGCAUAUCUGGAUCAGGAGGCCCAUUGGGCAAAGUGGGAGCCACAGCUCAAGUCGCUCACUAUCAUGGGCGGUCUCUAUGACGGGAUCGACUCUCAGACCCCGGGAUUCAGGAAGUUUCUACGAGAGCGCGCUCGCGCCUACAUAGUCUCCGACGAGCCUCUCAACAUCCCCCUUUCCGGCCCGGACGGAAACGAGCGAGAGGCGCACUUUACCGGCUUCGGAUGCCCCGUCUUCAGCGCCGGCGAGCCGCUCAACAUCGAGUCCAUCCCCAUCAAGGCGCGCGACGCCGCGCUCGAGUGGAUCGACGAGGUCGCCACGGACGCAGACUACAAGAAUCAGCCCGUUUUCAUAUCGUAUGUGGACGACGACGUGGGUAAUGACGCUGUGUGGGGUCCCGAGAGGGUUGUUGAUGAGACGCUGGCGAAUUAA